CCUACCGGAGACACCACUGAAAACCUCGCUUUUCCUCCAGCUCUUCUCAGAAAGGUGAGCUCAGAUCACCUUUUGCGCUGUGUUGGGGAGGUUUUCCUGCAGGGGGAGGCGGAAGACUCUUGUACCUGCGAGAUGAAACUAACUAAAGCUUUCGCGGAGUUUCAGCUGGGCUGGCCUCACAUGCAUUACGUCUUUGCUGUGCUCUGUGUUUUUUUCGUGGUGUAUAAAUUAACAAUUGGACUUUCGAAAAGAAGGGAAGCACUGCGAAACUUCGAAGCUUUUUCGGGGCCGCCGCCACACUGGCUGUUUGGACAUGUUCUCGAGUUUAAACAAGAUGGGACCGAUAUGGACAAGGUAGUGAAAUGGGGACAGGAGUACUCAUAUGUUUUCCCAAUGUGGUUUGGCCCCUUUGUCAGUGUCAUCAAUAUUCAGCAUCCAGAUUAUGCAAAAACUAUCCUGACAUCAUCAGAGCCAAAAGAUGAUUUGGGCUACCGGUUUAUUGAGGGUUGGAUUGGAAAUGGGUUGUUGGUGUCAGAAGGUCAGAAGUGGUUCCGUCACAGAAGGCUCUUAACGCCAGGUUUCCAUUAUGAUGUUUUGAAACCAUACGUAAAAUUGAUGUCAGAGUCUGCUCAGACUAUGUUGGAUAAGUGGGAAAGUUAUGCAAGCACAAAUGAACCUUUUGAAUUGUUUAAACACGUGAGCCUCAUGACACUGGACAGCAUUAUGAAGUGUGCCUUCAGCUGCUACAGCAACUGUCAGACAGAGGGUGGAACAAAUGCAUACAUCAAAGCAGUGUAUGACCUCAGUUUUCUAAUUAACCUUCGGCUCAGAAUGUUUCCGUACCACAGUGACCUCAUUUUCCACCUUAGCCCACAUGGUUUCAGAUACAGAAAAGCACGUCAGGUGGCUCUCAGUCAUACAGAGGAAGUUAUAAAAAAGAGGAGAGAAGCACUAAAGGAAGAGAAGGAGCUUGGACAAAUACAGGCAAAGAGAUAUUUGGACUUUCUGGACAUCCUUCUCUUUGCAAGAGAUGAGAACCAGCAGGGUCUGUCAGAUGAAGAUAUGCGGGCAGAAGUGGACACCUUCAUGUUUGAGGGCCAUGACACCACAGCCAGUGGCCUGUCUUUCAUCCUCUACUGUCUGGCCUGCAACCCAGAACAUCAGAAGAUUUGCAGGAAGGAGAUUAUGGAGGCCUUGCAUGACAAGGAAACCAUGGAGUGGGAGGAUCUCAGUAAAAUCCCAUACACUACCAUGUGCAUAAAAGAAGCUCUCCGCCUUUACCCCCCUGUACCAGGAAUUGCCAGAAAAACCACCAAAACUGUAACCUUUUGUGAUGGGAGAACAGUGCCUGCAGGUUCUGUUGUUGGAAUAAGUGUGUAUGGGAUUCACAGGAAUGCAUCUGUCUGGGAAAACCCUAAUGUCUUUGACCCUCUGCGUUUCCUACCAGAGAACAUUGCCAAGAGAUCCCCUCAUGCAUUUGUGCCCUUCUCAGCUGGGCCAAGAAACUGCAUUGGUCAGAACUUUGCUAUGAAUGAGAUGAAAGUGGUGACAGCUCUGACACUGAAGCGAUACCAGCUCAUAGCGGAGCCCACUAUGAAACCCAAGAUCAUCCCCCGACUGGUUCUCCGCUCACUCAAUGGCAUCCACAUCAAGAUCAAACCUUUAGACGCAGAGAGCUAAAGUGCACUAACUGCAGGAACUGCUCAAAAUUACUGUAUUUAGAAAGUAAAGAAUUUACGUUGAUUUGAAAUACUUCUACUAUGUAACUCAGGUUUUACAUAUAAUUUAAUGAACGCUGUUGUGUAGUUUAUGUUUUAGGAGAAAUUACUUGUUGAAAAAAAUCUGCUUUUUAUACUAAGACACUAAAGGAGAAGCUUGUGCACUUUGUCAGAAAGUAAUAGAAUUUGUUUUGGGGGGGUUUACGAUAGUACAUAACAGAUUUGUAGUAAAUGGCAUUGCACUGACAUCAUUUGCAGUGUAAAGCUGUAGAUAAAAUUCUAGUAAUUACAACUUCUGUCUCAGUUUUACACUCCAUCAUUUAAUAUUUCUAUUUUAAGAUAGAGGAAGGCCAUUUUGAGAUAGAGGAAGAGGACUGGUGUUGUGCUGUAAAUUAAAUUAGCAUUCUUUUUCCAACAAAACAUAAUAACAAAAAUGUUUUUUUUAGUAGUAAGAAUCAACCCAAUCAGAAAGGUUUAAUUGAGCUCAUAUUUCCAUAUUACUUCUAUUGUUUACAGGAGAGGUCUCUUUGACCUAUAAUGAAGAUCAUUUAUCUAUUUUUGUGCAUUUAUAUGAAGUCUUAUCAAGUCAGGAUGAAAGCAAUUCAUAGAUAUGUGAUUAAAGUUUAUCUCUGGAAUAUAACCUUAUUUUACAGAGGCAGACUGUAAAGUUGAUGCUUAAAAAUGUGGACAAUAUAUCAAAUUACUUGCAUUGCAUUUAGAGUCUUUCCUCAUAUAUACAGCUUAUUGUAAAGCUGAAAUAUCAGUUUAUAUCAAGGCAAAUUCACA